CACUUCCGGAGCUGCGGGGACGGCUCCGCCGGAGGAAGCAGCGCGGGCCUGACCCGCGUCCGCCCGCCGCCUCCGCUGCCGCUACGCUCCAGUCAGGCUCUUCUGGCCCAGCUUGACCUCAUCUGGCCGGCCUAGGCUCUGCGGCCGCAGGGCCGCGGCUCCCGAAGACAAAAACGCUAAUGCAUUUGAAACAACGAUAAAAUUGGGGGGAGGGGAAAAAGCAACUGAUUUCCUGAUUCUCCAACUUGGCUGGAUGUUAAGAUGUCCGUGGACAUGAACAGCCAGGGUUCUGACAGCAAUGAAGAGGAUUAUGACCCAAACUGUGAGGAAGAGGAAGAAGAGGAAGAGGACCCUGGGGACAUAGAGGACUACUAUGUGGGAGUAGCCAGUGAUGUGGAGCAGCAGGGGGCUGAUGCUUUUGAUCCUGAAGAGUACCAGUUCACUUGCUUAACCUAUAAGGAAUCUGAGGGUGCCCUUCAUGAACAUAUGACCAGCUUAGCUUCUGUCUUAAAGGUAUCUCACUCAGUUGCAAAACUUAUAUUAGUUAAUUUCCACUGGCAAGUCUCAGAGAUUCUGGACAGGUACAGGGCUAAUUCUGCCCAGCUGCUUGUUGAGGCUCGGGUUCAGCCCAAUCCAUCCAAACAUGUCCCCACAGCCCAUCCCCCUCACCACUGUGCAGUGUGUAUGCAGUUUGUGCGGAAGGAAAACCUACUCUCUCUGGCCUGCCAACAUCAGUUUUGCCGAAGCUGCUGGGAGCAGCAUUGCUCUGUGCUUGUCAAGGAUGGUGUUGGUGUGGGAAUCUCGUGCAUGGCUCAGGAUUGUCCACUCCGAACACCAGAGGACUUUGUAUUUCCCUUGCUUCCCAAUGAAGAAUUGAGAGAUAAAUACAGGCGCUACCUCUUUAGGGACUAUGUGGAGAGCCAUUACCAGCUCCAGCUGUGCCCCGGUGCAGACUGCCCCAUGGUUAUUCGGGUACAGGAGCCUAGAGCUCGCCGAGUGCAGUGCAAUCGAUGCAACGAGGUCUUCUGUUUCAAGUGUCGACAGAUGUAUCACGCCCCCACAGACUGCGCCACAAUCCGGAAAUGGCUUACGAAGUGUGCAGACGACUCUGAAACGGCUAACUACAUUAGUGCUCACACUAAAGAUUGUCCCAAGUGCAACAUCUGCAUUGAGAAGAACGGAGGCUGCAAUCACAUGCAAUGCUCCAAGUGUAAGCACGACUUCUGCUGGAUGUGUCUAGGAGAUUGGAAGACGCACGGCAGUGAGUAUUAUGAGUGCAGUCGGUACAAGGAGAACCCUGACAUCGUCAACCAGAGUCAGCAAGCCCAGGCCAGGGAGGCCCUCAAGAAGUACUUGUUCUACUUUGAGAGGUGGGAAAACCACAAUAAAAGUUUGCAGCUUGAGGCACAAACAUACCAACGGAUUCAUGAGAAGAUUCAGGAGAGGGUUAUGAACAAUCUGGGGACAUGGAUUGACUGGCAGUACCUGCAGAACGCUGCUAAGCUGUUGGCCAAGUGUCGAUACACCCUGCAAUACACCUAUCCAUAUGCGUACUACAUGGAGUCUGGCCCUAGGAAGAAGCUGGCCCUGCCCGGCUACAGCCCCUCUCCUUUUGACCCUCCUGCUCUGCCCAUACAGUUUGAAUACCAGCAGGCUCAGCUGGAGGCUGAGAUUGAAAACCUGUCGUGGAAAGUUGAACGUGCAGACAGCUAUGACAGAGGGGACUUGGAAAACCAAAUGCACAUAGCGGAGCAGCGGAGAAGAACCCUGCUGAAGGAUUUUCACGACACCUAAGCUGGGCUGUGGAUGUGCCGGGGUGAGGAAGAUGUAGCUGUGGGGCGUCCCGGCUGUCAUACUGCAUGCUGCAGACUCUGCCUUUCACGACCCCAGGCAACAGCCAGGGCCCCACUCCUGAGAGACACUGGCAACACACCUCUUUAGUCAAUUUGUUUUCUCCUCAUCUUUUUGCUUUUUGUUUCUACCAGGGUAGAGGCCGUGUUGAACUGGCCUCUAGUAAGGACUUUUAUUAAAUUCUCCCUGGAUGGUUGUUGGGAGGGAGGGAACUUUUUUUUUCCUGAAUGGCUAUUCAUAGUAUUAGAUCAUUACAACUUAUGUAAUUUUCAAAGGUUGUACGAUUAUAAAGAAAAAAAGGCAAACCAUAGGAUAACACAGAGCCCUUUUGAAAAUAAAUUGGCUUUGGAGUGCA